CCACCAACUACAAGCUUUUUUUUAAACCUUAAAAAGCAAGAAACUUGGAACCAACAAAAAAUGGGGGACACAGAUCGAUCUAGCAACUGAUCUCCCAGAUGAAAGCAGAGUUACUACACAGUAGAAAUGCUGAAGCAAGAGGAGGAAUCGUUGAUCCAUUACCUGAAGAAGGAACUUGAAGCAUCUCUUCUUAGGACUGAUCUGUUGGAGAAACACAAUCAAGAACUGAAACAAGAGGUCAUUCAUCUGAAGUCACAGAUCACAGCCCUCAAAGCUCACGAGAAUGAGAGGAAAUCGAUGCUUUGGAAGAAGCUGCAGAGCUUCAAUGAAGUAACCAAGAAUGAUGUCUCUCAGCAGAAGCAGCAGCAACAGCAACAACACUAUCUUAAAGCACCAGAAGAUCAGGGUAAAGAACAACAGUUGAAUUCAAGGCCUAACCCUCAAAUAUUAAGGCCUGAUUCCACUGUGUUGCCUUCAAAAGGAGCGGUUAAAGGGUCUAAGUUACUGCCGCCACCUCCUCCCCCACUGCCAUCAACAACAUUAGUCGGUUCAAAAUCUAUUCGUCGUGUGCCAGAAGUAAUUGAGUUCUAUCGUAUGAUCACCAAGAAGGAUUUGCACACUGACCCAAAGAAGAAUCAUGUCGCCACAUCACCACUAGCAUUCACACCAGACAUGAUAGGAGAAAUCGAGAAUCGUUCUACUUAUCUAUCCGCGAUAAAGUCGGAUGUAGAGAAGCAGAAGCAACUCAUAAGUUCAUUGAGCAAACAAGUGGAGUCUGCAGCUUUCAAAGAGGUAUCAGAAGUGGAGGUUUUCAUGAAAUGUCUGGAUGACCAACUGUCUUUACUCGUCGAUGAGAGGGCAGUGUUGAAGCAUUUCCCACAGUGGCCCGAACAGAAAGUUGAUGCCAUGAGAGAAGCUGCUUCCAACUACCAGAACCUGUGGAACCUAGAGUCUGAAGUUUCGGCGUAUGAGGACAAUCCGAAGGAGCCAUUGGUCAAGGCUCUAGCAAAGAUGCAAGCUUUGCAAGACAGGUUGGAGAGAAGUGUUAACGGUAUGGAGAGGAACAAAGAGAGUAUGAUGAAGAGAUACAAGAACUUCCAGAUCCCCUGGAACUGGCUGCUUAAUACUGGAUUCCUAGGACAGGUGAAAUUGAGUUCUUUGAAGAUUGCCAGAGAGUACAUGAAGAGGAUUAGUAAAGAAAUGCAGCUGAAUCAGAACUCAGACGACAACAAUCUGCUUCACCAAGGAGCUAAGCUGGCAUAUAGAGUCCAUCAGUUUGCAGGUGGAUUUGACACAGAAACCAUAACUGCAUUUCAGGAGCUUAAGAAGGCAGCCAUGAAUGGCCGUGAGCAAUGAUAGUAUGCACUGUAUUUAUUCACAGAGUUAGGUAUGUCAAAUGAAACGUUAUGUAAUGAUGAGUUAAUUACGAAGCAAAUAUGGUGAGGCAUGCAACAUGUUAUACGAAUGUACUAAACAAAAGACCAGUUUUGUUUGUUCAUCACCAUAUACAUAAUCCAUGUAAUUGCUCUAAGAAGCUACUGGCUCCUCAUCAGUUGCGUUGGUAUCGGUGUGGGAGAGGGACUAGCAGAACCUUCCUG